AUGCUAAACCAAUUAAAGGUGGACGGAACGGUGGUGAUCUUCGACAUCGAAACAAACGGCGUCGCGCGCAAACUCAUAGGUCACACGCGACAAAUCCAGUCUAUCAGCUGGUCUCGCGAUGGCCGAUUCCUCCUCACCUCGUCCCAAGACUGGAAGUGCAUCCUGUGGGACCUUCAAGACGGCUCACGAGUACGAACCGUCCGAUUCGAUGCGCCGGUCUACAUUGCCCAACUCCACCCAUUCAAUCACCUCCUCUUUGUCGCCUCCCUCUUUGAAGACCAACCCGUCCUUGUGGACAUCUCGAAUCCCACACCCAUAAAACGAAUCCUCCCCUCCGCACCCCUCCGCGCAACCGAAGACAUCGACCCUGCCACAGCAGCAAAGCAAGCAGCCCAAGAUGCCAAACACUCCACCUGCGUGACGAUCUUCACAGCCUUCGGCAACCACAUCAUAGCCGGAACCUCAAAAGGCUGGAUCAACAUCAUCGAAACGCAAUCCUGCACAACGAUCCACUCGAUGCGCCUCUGCAACGGCGUCGUCAUCCUACUCCGUCUCGCCUCCAACGGCCGGGACCUCCUAGUCAAUAGUUCCGACCGUGUAAUUCGCACAGUCCUGAUGCCCGACCUAUCCCAGCUGGGAAUCGACCUCGAAGCAUCGGCCAUAAAACUGCACGUUGAGCACAAGUUCCAAGACGUCGUCAACCGCCUCUCCUGGAACCAUGUCACAUUCUCCUCGACUGGCGAAUUCGUCACAGCAACCACAUUCAUGAACCCGGAUAUCUACGUCUGGGAACGCAGUCACGGCUCCCUGGUCAAGAUCCUGGAGGGGCCGAAAGAAGAACUCGGUGUCGUGGAGUGGCAUCCCUCCCGACCAAUGGUUGUAGCCUGUGGACUUGAAUCGGGUUGCAUCUAUACGUGGUCUAUUGUGAGUCCGCAGAAAUGGUCUGCGCUAGCGCCUGAUUUCGGUGAGGUCGAGGAGAAUGUGGAAUAUAUGGAGGCGGAGGAUGAAUUUGAUGUUCAUCCUGCUGAACAGGUUCAUCAGCGACGACUCGAUCUCGAAGAUGAGGAGCCGGACGUUGUGACGAUGGAUUCGGUCAAGGGGGAGGAUGUCGAUGGUGUGGAGCCAUUCAAUGUUCCUGUUCUUAUGGAUGUGGAGGAUAGUGACAGUGGAGAAGAUGUUGUUGCCGUUGGGCCGGGGACGAUGAGGAAGCGGACGCCGGGGGCUAAAGAGAAUGAGGAGAAGGUGACGAAUGGACGGAAGAGACGGCGAUAG